AUGAGCGCAUAUCCAUAUCCCUGCCAAACCUACUUACUAACGAUCCCCACAGACCAAGGAUGCAAAGUGACGACACUUGACAUCAAACCUCUAGACUUUCGCGACCUCGCCAAAAAGGGCGAUCAGCUAUACAAUCUAGCAGGCGACAUCUCAGACGAAAAUUCCAUCUCAUCCAAUUUCACUCAAGCUGUCAACCAACAAGGACCCAUCAACAUCCUCAUCGCCAACGCCGGUAUCACCGACGAGAGCAGAGACUAUCCCAUAUGGGACCUGCCUCUCGAUACCUGGGAACAGACAUACCGCGUCAACGUUCGCGGCACAUUCCUCACCAUCAAGCAUUUCCUGCGAUCUGCCAGGACCGCGCAACAAGCGCUGGGCGCAGAGUUAGAUAAUCUAGCCAUUGUGGUCAGUGGUAGCGAAACUGGUAAGUUCGGACAAGAGGGCCAUGUGGAAUAUGCGUCCGGCAAGGCCGGGUUGCAGUAUGGACUGGUGCGCAGUGUCAAGAACGAGAUUGUGAGGUUGAACAGUAAGGCGAGGAUCAAUGCCGUUGCGCCGGGGUGGGCGGAUACGCGGAUGAUCCAGGGGAGGUUGGAUGAUCCGGCGGAAUUGUGGAGUGAAGCUCAGGCUACUGUGCCGUUGAAGAAAAUUGCGAAACCAGAGGACGUCGCGAGGACGAUGGCAUUCCUGGCCUCCCAUCGUGCGGCGGGCCAUAUAUCUGGAGAAUGUGUCAGUGUCGAUGGAGGCAUGGAGGGCCGUUUGAUUUGGAAGGAAAGUGAAGCCAAUCAACAGUCCAAGAACACUUCAGCUCAAGCAAGCGUUAUUGCCCCGAAUAUCCCGCAAUCAAUCAGCAAGCCCAAAAACAAGAUCCGCAUCACCAUCUCCGUCGAUCUUGACGCCGUCUCUGGCUGGCUAGGAACAGGCCAACACCCCGAUAACAUCCUCGCCGACUACUCGUCCGGCUUCUUCGCCGCCCGAGUCGGCGUCCCUCGUCUCCUUCGCAUGCUCAAGAAACUCAGCCUCGCAGACCGCUGCACCUGGUUCAUCCCCGGCCACUCUGCAGAGAGCUUCCCGGAGGAAGUCAAGCAGGUCGUCGACUCGGGCUGCGAGAUCGGACUGCACGGAUACGCCCACGAAGGCGCAUACCAGCUCACCCCGGAGCAAGAACGCGACGUACUCGUCCGAUGCAUCGAGAUCGCAACAAGGUUGACCGGCAAGAAGCCCGUCGGGUAUCGAGCACCAUUAUACCAGCUGCGAGAGUCGACGCUCGACCUGCUCGAAGAAUUCGGGUUUGAAUACGACGCCUCCCUAUCCGACCACGACAGCCAACCAUUCUACGCUCCAUCACGACCCCCCCUCAGCCCACCCAACUUCACCCUCCCCGCCUCAACCUGGAUGCACCCGGUCCCCCGCGCAUCCCGGCUAGACCGCCGCCCCCUAACCUGCAUCCCCUGCAACUGGUACAUGGAAGACAUGACACCCCUCCAGUUCCUCCCCCGGGCACCAAACUCGCACGGCUACACAGACGUCCGAGUGAUCGAGAACCUCUGGAAAGACCGAUUCCUAUGGCUGCGGGACAACGAAGACGAGCCUGUUUUCCCGGUGCUGAUGCAUCCGGAUACGAGCGGCAUGGCGCAUGUGAUUGGAAUGGUGGAAAGGUUUCUAGGCUGGUGUCGGGGCUGGGGCGAUGAGGUGGAGUUUUGUCAAACGAGGGAGGUGGUGAGGUGGUGGAGGGAGAGGGAGGAAAUGAAGGAGAGGGAUACGGAUGUGCAAGGGGGUGUAGUUUAG